AUGGUGGCCGAGACUUGGAUUCUUCGGAUGGGUAGUCAGGUGAGCACCAACUUAAAGCACGCUCUCAAUCUCGAUAGCUCGACGAAAUUGAUGAAGAAACAGGGCCCUCACGAGAAGCAAACCCUCGGGAUACUCUGCUUCGAGGUCGCCAAGGUCAUGUCCAAAAUUAUGAACCUGCACAAGUCCCUCUCCGACGUUGAGAUUUUCAAGCUCAAAAACGACAUAUUGAAGUCCGAUGGCGUGAAAGCCCUUGUGUCCGGUGACGAGAAGCAGCUUCUGGAGUUGGCCCUUUUCGAGAAGCUCGACGAUUUGAACCGAAUCGCGAGUGUCGUGUCGCGAUUGGGUAAGAAAUGCAGUAUUCCGGCUCUGCAAGGGUUCGAGCACGUUUACGGGGAUAUAAUUUCGGGUAACAUCGACGUUAAAGAACUAGGCUUUCUUGUGAAAGACAUGGAGGGGAUGGUCCGGAAAAUGGACAAGUACGUGACCCACACAGCGGGCCUUUACCGUGAAUUGGAGGUCUUGAACGAGCUCGAGCAAGCCGCCAAGAAGUUUGCACAGAACCAGCACGAGGAGACCCGGAAGGCUCUCCAACAGAAGUUGGUAUGGCAGAAAAAUGAUGUAAAUCAAUUGAAAGAUGUUUCAUUAUGGAACUUGACAUUUGAUAAGGUGGUCGGGCUUUUGGCCCGAACGGUUUGCACGGUGUAUGCCCGGAUACAUACCGUGUUUGGGGAUGGCAGCUCACUUGGUGUGUCGGGUUUGAGGUUGCAGGCCAGUUUUGGCAGGAGCUCGAGGCAGAAAUUGAGGCAGUUGGAUGUGGCUGGCAACAGCAGUAGCGGUUACUAUUAUUCGGGCUUGAUAGGGGACAAAGGGGGUGGGGGUGUUGAGAGGAAACCUGGUAGCUUUCGCCCCAAGUUUGGGCUGCAGAAGAGUGGAGGCGGCUUGUUUGGACCUGAAGACUUCAACUUUGCCUGCGGUCUCGGGCCGGGUCAUCUUUUUAUGGAAUGCUUGAGCCUAAGCAGUUCUGGUUCGAAAGUCAACUAUGAUGAUGAUGACGAUGACGGUGAAACUAGUGUUGCAUAUAGUCUCAAGAGUAACAGAGCAAGUUUAUUUGAUAGUUUUGUUACUAAUGUAGAAAAGCAUGGGCGUAAUAAUUUGCUGAAAACCGGGCUUCUCAUUUUCGCGCCUGCUCAUACAGUUGGGGGCUCCGCACUGGCCUUGCACUAUGCCAAUGUAAUAAUCAUCAUAGAGAAACUACUGCGGUACCCACACUUGGUGGGCGACGAGGCCCGAGACGACUUAUACCAAAUGCUCCCCACGAGCCUGAGAAAGACUCUGAAGGUCAAGUUAAAAUCAUACGUGAAAGAUUUGGCCAUUUUCGACGCGCACCUGGCCCACGACUGGAAGGAGAGGCUCGACGGGCUGCUCGGGUGGCUGGGCCCGCUGGCCCACAACAUGAUCAAGUGGCAGACGGAGCGGAAUUUCGAGCAGCAGCAGAUUGUGGCCCGGGCGAACGUGCUGUUGAUCCAGACAUUGUAUUUUGCCGAUCGGGAAAAGACGGAGGGCACCAUUUGUGAGAUUCUGGUGGCGGCCCACACCUACCUCCACCCCCAACCCAUCAGCCACCUCGGGCCCAGACCAAGACCAGAGCCACAACCCACACCAACCCACACCUGUCGACGCAAUCUGUCUACCCAGCACCAGAUAAGAUUAGAAAACAUGGAAGAGGAGGACCCCGACCUCAACCUCGACCACCGCACAGAGGCAAUCGGAGCUACGACUCGAUCUCGCCGCAGAAGCGCCGAGACCCCGCACCAAGACCUCUGCUAUAGCCAACCGCAACAAACGACGAAACACUACUUCGAGGAGGGGUGCGACGAAAUUCCGAGAGUCACGCUGCACUACCCGGUGAUGGACGACGCCGUGACGGCAUAG